UCUGUCAGUCGAUAAGACGAGUGUAUAAAAAAGAGUAGAGAAUACUGAAACCAAAAAGUGGAGCGUGUGAUCUUUUUAGCCGUUAGAAAUAGAACCUUAUUUUUUUUUCUAGUGUUGUGUGGCCCUCGUCUUUGUAGUAGGAAUGCUGGGAGUGGGCUGAAAAUAAUUUCGUAUUCACAGACGUGGAUCGAUUCACCGCCUGUUUGGUCGUCGAGACGAGUAGACCAGACAAAGUUUUUUUUUUCAAAUCGAGUCAUCUGUUGAAAAGAGAACACGUUAUCCUAGUGCACUGUGCAAUUAAUCCAUCCCAACAUAUCAGCAGACUAGAUGGAGCGUCGCUGGAAGAAGAUGGCGUGAUACACAACUAAGAAGAAGUUAUACUGUAUCGUUGCGAAACAUGAAUCUAAUCCAGCAGCAGCAGCAGGGUAGCACCAGCAGCACUAGCAGCACUGGAGGAGAGCAUCAAGGAGCCAUUGAGAACAAGAUGGUCGAGAGUCAGCCCUCCUGUUCCCGGCAAUCCUCGCAGGACGAUGCCGACUCUUCUUGCGCAGUUGGCGUCAAGCAGUCACCAUCAGUGAGCGAUGACGGCGGGAUGAAUCCACCCAUCAAUCUUCCGGCCAGCCUGGAGAGUUUACCAAGGGCCGAACAUUUCCCGACGCAGAGGCAUCGAUGGAACACCAAUGAGGAAAUUGCGGCCGUGUUGAUCAACUUUGAACGACAUCCCGAGUGGCUCUUCAAAGAAGUCAAAAUCAGACCCAAGAGUGGCUCCAUGUUGUUAUAUUCGCGGAAGAAGGUGCGAUACCGCCGCGACGGCUACUGCUGGAAGAAGCGCAAGGACGGCAAGACGACGCGAGAAGAUCACAUGAAACUCAAAGUGCAAGGAACAGAGUGCAUCUACGGCUGUUACGUCCACUCGGCCAUCUUGCCCACCUUCCAUCGGAGAUGCUACUGGCUCCUGCAGAAUCCCGACAUUGUGCUGGUCCACUAUCUCAACGUUCCCUACCCGGACGACGCCAAGCUCCUGGUGGUGGCCAGCGUCUCGCUCUGGGCCGAGCGCAAGGAAUGGAGCAAAGACGAGCUCAUCUCCCAGCUGAGACCCAUGUUUUUGAGCCAGGACGAGCCCAAUCUGAACAACGAACUGGAAGUUUCUACGGCCGAGACGGUGGAGGCCAUCGUCAGUCAGCUGAUGGAGAAGCAGAGGCUGGCCAGAUCGGGCGGUACGAUCGGUGCCGUUCCAGUGGCUGUCAACGGACACGUGUCGAAUUUACCUCAGCGUCAGCCUCAGCCACUUCAGACGGGUGUAGGAGGGCGGGGUAGUAACAACCGAUCAUCCAACGGCGCCAUGGAGCCCCAGGUCCAGGUCCAGGUCCACCACAAUCACAAAGUGGGCGCGGAUGCAUCGAGUCACAACGAUUUGGCGGCCGGCCACAGCCUUCCACAUUCCCUUCGGCGGCUCUCUAAUGGCGGGGGAGGCAGCUCCUUUAUCCGCCUGGAACCGCGACCCGCUCCGUCACAUUCCAACAACAUCCAGCAGCGUCAGGCAACGCCGACUGACAGCGCCGUGGGGCGGGCGGCUCCUAGGGCGGAAGCGACUGGAUUCGGUCUGGGAAGAGGCGGAUCACCGCCCACGUCGCAGAUCUCUUCGUCGUCGUCCUUGUCUUCCUCUUCCGCUCCGUCUUUCCACACCGAGCAGAUCCAUCAUCACUCUGAGCCGGUGCCGUGCCAGCAACAGCAGCAGCAAGAUCAUCAGCAGGAUCAUCAGCUCCAGCAGCAGCAGCAGCAGCAGCAAAUGAUCAGCGCCAAACAGGAAUCGCUCGAUUCCAACUAUUAUUACUCUUCUAAUAAUUGCAACAACCCUGGGCAACAACAACAGCAGCAGCAGCAGCAACAGCCGACCCCGCAUCCGCCACCUACGCCUGCCGCUCCGGCUGUAAUCAACUCGACGCCAAUGAAUUUCAUGGAUCACGGAAGCGGCGGCGAUCAAGGCAACACGUUCCCAUCCUUCUACUCGCUCAUCAACGCUAAUAACGCCUCUAGGCGGGCCGACGAAAUGCUUUCCGGCCACGGAUACAGGUUGCCGAUGGAUUGUCUGUUCAAUGAGACGCUGGAUCUUUCGCAGGACGACAUCCAGCGGACGCUGUCGGCCAACCUGAGCCACGAGACGGCGUUCCAUUGCAGCGGAGGUGGCGGCAGCGGAAGCAACGACGGUGGAGCCUCGUGUAGUGACGGCGGACUGGGCAGAUCGAUCCGGUCCGUCGAAACGACGGCCGAGGAUGACCUGCUGGUCAAUCUGGACGCCUUUGAUAUGUUGACGGAGUUCUCAGACUUGGAUUGCCAUGACACUAUCGACUCUCUCAUCUCCAUCCAAGCCGACGGAGCCGGCGGAGGAGGCGGAACAUCUGGAUCGCCGUCUGACGGCUCGGAUGGAAAAGACCUUAAUGGAAUCCACGCAAGGAUCCAUCAGCUCAAAGACAUGCCCUCACCCUCGACCCUAUCGGCGACAGGCGAUCCUUUACUGACAUCCAUUACCGAUUUCUCACCGGAAUGGGCACCCACCGAGGGCGGUGCCAAACUCCUCAUUACAGGAUCGUUUUGUUCACCAACGCUCAGUGGCUCCUACAGCGUUUUGUUUGAUGGAAUUGCAGUCCCAGCUGUUUGGGUCCAGUUGGGAGUUUUGCGAUGCUUCUGCCCUCCUCACAGUCCUGGAAGAGUACAACUACAGGUCGUCCGUCAAGGAUUGUCCAUCACCCAGCCGGCCAUUUUUGAAUACCGGCAAGUGUCAGCCGCGUCCAAUACUUGCCAAGAAGGAUCGUCAACUGCCCAGUGGACGAAUUCCCUGCUGUCGUUGUUGGUGGGCCGGCUGGAGUCGCUAGGGACGCAUUUGAACGUUCAAGGAUGCGGCAUCGAGCAGCUGUUCAGCAGUUUGAGGGCCUAUCUGGAAAGUGGCGAGGUGGAAUUGCAAAGCGCCGAGGAGCAGCUGGUGUCCAUCUGCCGUCAGCUGGUGACGAAACGUUGGCGACCCGGUCCGCAUCAGCAGUCGGCAGCCGACGAUCCUUCGUCCAAUACCAACGGGACACAGCAGCAGCAGCAGCAGCAGCAGAUGAACCUACUCCAUCUGGCGGCCGCUUUGGGCUUAUUGCGAGUCCUGUGCACCUUGCUCAACUGGCGACUGGAGAAUUCGUCGCCAGCCCUGGAACGCGAGAUGAGUCCGCUGGCCAGCGACCAGCAGGGCUACACUCCGCUCAUGUGGGCCUGCUCCCAGGGUCACCGUGACGUGGUUGCCCUCCUGGCCCAGUGGGAUCCAUCGGCUCUCAACGUUCACGAUCGGUCGGGCAAGUCCGCCUGGGAUGUGGCCCGCCAAAGGGGUCACCAUUCGCUGGCGGAAGAACUGGAAACGCGAAGGAUCUUGUCAGUCAGGCGUUCAACGGUGGAGCCACAGCAGCCGCUGCCUCUGCCUCCGCCUCAACUGGCCCAGCUCAACAAACCUAGUCCCAGUAAACCGGCCGAAUCGGUCGCCGCCCGCCAGAUGUUGUUGGCCAAACGAUCCUCUGUCGACUCGGUGCCCAAUAACAACAACAACAACAACAACAACGAGCCACUAGGCCACAACCAUCAAGGCUAUUGGCGAAGGCCCAACGCGGCCAAAGCUCACAAACUUUCCAGGGACGACCGCAGUUAUUCGCUUCCGCUGGGUGGGGCCGGCCAGGCUUAUUCUAGCGGCCGCAACAGCACCGGGAGCAACAUAUCGGGUCUUGCUCACGAUCCUUCGCCUUCACCCCACACGAUGGAUUCGUCCAAUCCAUCUUCUUUAAACGGCGGCUCAUCGAGCUUCGAUGGCGGGCUGGAUGGCCUGGUCGGCCCGUGUUACAGCCCGUGUUACAGCGCCGACAUCGAAGGCUUGGAGUCGGGAGACGAUGGAUUGCUCGUCGACAACUCGUCAACCUGCUCCUCAUCAACCCAAGCUGCUCCCUGCUCCUCCGCCGCAGGUGGUGGCGUCCGAUCUGUCGGCGGCGGAUCCGGCGGUGUGCGGCGGGAGAGCGUCAACUCAGUCGACCUCCAUCAGCAGCACCUGUCGCCGUUGACGAGCAUCGAGCAAAACACUCGGGUCCUGACGCUGGCUGAGCAAAUCAUCGCGGCCAUUCCCGAUCGCAUCAAAAACGAAACGGAAGAGAUGGUGGUCGGCUGGAGCCCCUGCAUGGAAUUGGAGAUCAGCAGCGUCGUCAGCGAAGUGCAGAGUAUUGAAGGAUCCAUUGACUUGGCCAUCGUUGCCGACGCCCCGCCAUCUCUGGACGGCAACGACUUGACGUUUGAAUUCAGUGAUCAACAGUACAGGUAUUGCGAAACGGCGACGCCCAGCUCAAGUUUGUCUCCAGCGUCGUCCAGCUGCCUCCAAUCACCGUGUUCCUUCUCGGUCAAUUCACCUUCACCGCCGCCCACCACGGCCGAUUUCAGUGAAUUCCUUCAGGCUUCUGCCAGUUUAUUUGUUCGCGAUUUUUCUAACUUGACGCUGUCGGAUCACGAACAACGCGAACUCUACGAGGCGGCCAAAACCAUCCAAAAGGCCUAUCGAUCCUACGUAGGACGCAAGAGGGCCGAGGAGCAGGAGAAGGAACGGGCUGCCGCCGUGAUUAUUCAAAACUAUUACCGGCGUUACAAACAGUACGUCUACCUGAAGCAGAUGACCAAAGCGGCCGUCGUGAUCCAGAACCAGUUCCGCUCCUACUACGAGCACAAGCGUUUCAAGAAGAACAUGGAGUCGCCGUCGACGUCGUCUGCCGCCAAUUCCGCCAGUUGCAACGGCGGUGGAGUGGGAAUUUCAUCGUCGGCAGCCGCCGUGGCCGCCGCUUACCGCAACUACCGCGAGUCGUCCCUGUCGGCCAGCUCGGCCCGCCAGAGCCGCGAAGGCACACCCACCUCAUCGGCCCUCAAACGGACGUACUCUCAGCGGCGGCAGCACCAGGCGGCCAGGAAGAUCCAGCAGUUCAUGCGUCAAUCCAAGAACAAUCUGCUGGAUGUUGUGGUGAAAUCGGUUGCAGAGAGAGAGGGCGCUACUGCGGGCGGCCGAGUCUCAUCCAGCAGAGAAGCCAGCGGAUCAUCAACAACAACCACACAGAGCAGUCCCGGCAGCGGCAGCAGUCCCAGCAACUCCAGUUCCAGCGUUGGAUCCGUCGGAAGUUCCAUGACCUACCACAAUCUGAAUUAAAGAAAAAUAACUAAAGGAGUGUCGACAAACAUUCGGUGGGCUACACAGCGCUUCCGGCGUCAUCAACUGAACGUAAAAUGCAGAAAAACAUCAGAACGACGUGCGAAUCAGCAAUUGAAUAACAUCAGCGCCAAAACAAUUAUCAGCCACACCACACACAAGCUCUUUCAGAGAAACUGGUCAUGAUCGCCUCCCCCACUACAACACUGCCCCCCCCCCCCCUCACUACUGGCUAAACUUAUCCAGUAACUACAAUAAAGCGUCGGUUCAUAUUUCAUUGGAUUGUGUGCGCUGCACGGGGGCGGUGUCCCAAAUGAAUAUGCCGAUCGAUAUUUCCUUCUUCUUCUUCUUUUCUUUACGUAGUUGAUUCUUUCUUCCCUUUUAUAAUGCUGGUGCCCACCUUAUUCCAUCUGGGGGAUAUAACACACUACAAUUGAUUUUCUCCCCCCACACACGCAUCCGCACACCCCCGUGCAACCCAACACUGGAAACAAAAACUCGGAUUCUUCUGUUUUGUCCCCCAUUUUUGUGCAACCGAUUUAUUUUUUCCCCCCUCCAACUGGAUUCAGUCACAUUCCUUCAAGAACAAAUAGCAUCGACAACAAAAAAAGGAAUUCAUUUUGGCCUACCCUGAUCUAUUAAUUUUUUUCCGACUUUUGUUAUCCGUUUUCAAUUUUUCUUUCCGAAGAAAAGAAAAAAAUCUUGCGAAUCAAUCAAACUUCGAUCAAAUCUUAUACACGGUUUGUGUGUAUAGCGUUGACGGUAGUUAAAAAAAAAAAAGAGAAAGAAACCCCAACCCCGUGUUGUAUCUAACCUAAAUGAUGUGUAAAAUGAUGUGAACGUAUUUUAAAAAAUUGGCUGUCGGUCGCUCGUUGGAUCGAGCCGACGGCGGUGAUUGGUUCGGACGCAUUUGUUGUACAUAUAGACAAAAAAAUACGGGACGACGGUUGGUACUCAAUUUCACGUGUGCUACUACAUUUCGCUAGUUCUUUUAGUCAAGUGGAAUUUCGAAUUCUUUCUUCUUUUCCCAGUUACAACAAAAAUAUCAAACCCGGUUUCAAAUCCCCUGUGACUACUCGGCGUUUUUUUUUUCAAUCAAAUCAGUACCAUAUAUAUAUAAACUUAUGUAUGUCUGUCUUUGAGUGUCAAAAGAAAAAACGAGAGAGAGAGAAGGAAAAGUUAUAUAGUCGAGGGAGAGUCCCUAUUUUCAAAUGUCAUCUAGUCUGUGAUGUUUUUUUUUUUGUGUUUGCGCGCCUGAAACAUUUUCAAAUUAAUUUUUAAUUUUUGAGUUUUUCUUCUCCAAAAAAUAUUUCACGUUGGUUGUGUGAGUGUCAUUUUUUUCUCUCUAUCUUUCUCUACUUUUCCCCCCAAGUUUUAUCUCUCCUGCGUCACACACACACCUCAUUCAAAUUCAAUUUCUCCGCAGUUUGUGGGGGGGAUCCAAAUGCUCUCUCCUUUUUCUCGUCUUGUUCUUCUUGUUCUCUUCUGACAGGGUGUGGCUUGUUUUGUUUUUCUUUCUCCAUCAUUCUGUAAAAAAAAAAUCAAAUCACAAAGAAAAUUGAUUGUUCGUCUCCCUUCCAGUUCCGGAUUUCAUCAGAUUGCGUCGAUUACAAACGAAAACAAAAAUAGCUGCGAAAUCCGUCAGCUGUCCAGAAGAGAGACGGUACUUUCAAACAGCCUAAACGUGUAAAUAUAUAUUAUUGAAUGAAGGCAGAAGAAGAAGAAGGAAUGGGAAAAACGGGAGGAGAAAUUUGUUUUCUAUUUUUUAAAAAAGAGUUAAAAGUAAAUAAUAAUAAUAAGAUAUCGAUUGCUGCUAAAAAAAUAACAGAGCCCCUCCCAAACAUUUCCUAGCAAAUUUUUUAAUUCUUUUCAUGAAUUAUUAUUAUACCUCAUCGAUUGAAAAAGGGAAAUUCUAUUCAGUUUUAUUUAUUUUUUUCAUUUCGGGCUCUUCUUUUAUUAUUAUUCAUCUACGGUUUCCAUUAGUUUAAAUUCUGCUGCUUCCAUUUCGAAUUGAAAACUCUUUCACACUUGUAUCGACUCAAACUGUUCAGCAAAAUUGCUCCAAUCCUAUCGUAAUAUUCAUUAUUGUCGUCGUUAUUUGUGAUGAUAUAACAUUUUCCUCUUCUCCCCUUCUAACUAUAACAAAAUGAAUGAAUGACAUCACCAACCCCAACUACCACCCUUUUUACCCAACUUCUUUGCGGUCGUGAGAGUUCUUAUUAAAAUAAUAAUAUCGGGUAUGCCUGCGGUUCUUUCUCUCUCUCUCUCUUUAGGCGAAAUUUGAAAACC